AUGGCAUUCAGACUCAAGAACUCCGGGGCAACCUACACAAGGAUGGUCGCCAAGGUCUUCAAGAAAGUCCUCGGCCGGAACCUCCAAGCCUACGUAGACGACAUGAUUGUGAAGAGUGCCGAGGCCGACCUCCACACGGACGACCUAACGGAGGUAUUUUCAAUAAUGCGCAAGUUCGAUUUACGUUUGAACCCCAAGAAGUGUACCUUCUGGGUACACGGGGGGAAGUUUCUGGGUUAUAUGGUCUCCAAGAAAGGCAUAGAACCCAACCCUGAUAAGGUUAAGCCCAUUUUGGAGAUGGAACCUCCGAGGUCCCUCCGCGAGGUCCAACACCUCAAUGGUCAGCUAGCCGCCCUCGGCCGCUUCCUCUCGAGGUCGGUCGUGAGGUCCCUACCCUUCUUCGAGGUCCUCAAGAAGAACAACGGUUUUGAGUGGUCGGUUGAAUGUCAAAAAGUUUUUGACGACCUCAAGGCCUAUUUGAUGUCUUUACCCCCCUUGGCCAAGCCUGAAAAGGGGGAGAUCUUAUAUCUAUACUUGGGCAUCUCACAGGCCGCGAUUAGCUCCGUGUUGGUCCGGGACGACACGGGAACCCAGGGGCCCUUCGAGGUGCCAAGCUCAGUUACUCACCGACAGAAAAAAAGCCAUAUUCGCGGUGGACGCCACGGUAAAGAAGCUGAAUCACUAUUUCCAGGCCCAUCUAGUGCAUGUGCUCACCAACCAACCCUGGAGGCGGUACUACGGGGUGCGGGGUCGGUGAGCCGGCUCGUGAAGUGGUCCAUGCGCCUCAGCCAGUUCGACAUCCACUUCAAGUCGAGGUCAAUCAUCAAGGGGCAAGCACUCGCCGACUUCAUAGUCGAGUGCACCGCCCGAGACGCCACGGAGCAGGCGAGAAGCGAAGAGGAAGAAUGGUGGACCUUAUUCAUUAAUGGAUCUUCGAGCAGCAGGGCGUGUGGAGGCGGGGUCAUCCUGGUAACCCCGGAGGGUUUUCGCGCCUACUACGCGCUUCAUUUCCACUUCAAGUUGUCCAACAACGAGGCAGAGUACGAGGCGCUGUUGUGUGGCCUCCAACUCGCACUGAGCAUGAGGGCCGAAAAGCUGAAGAUCAGAUGCAACUCCCGGCUGGUGGUUGGCCAAGUCUCUGGAGAGUUCGAAGCUAAUGACGAGAAAAUGAUCCGGUAUCGCGACGUGGUGCUUCGAGUAUUGGGACGAAUUGCCCAGCAUGAGAUCCUACAGGUCCCGAUGGAGCAGAACUCCGAGGCGGAUAUGCUCUCCAAGCUCAGCAAGGGAGCCCCGGAGUAUAUCUCCAAAAUCACCCGGAUAGAGGAUCUCUAA